CGCGCCGCCUCGCGCUUGGCGGCGGCCCGGCGCGGGCCCGGCGAGGAGGCCGACGGGCGUCGGCGGGGCGACCGCCCGCGGCGCCGCGGCCGCGGACGGCUCUGGCAGCCGGCCGCCCAGGCCGGUGCCGCUCUUCACCAGGGAGGACGCCUGGCGCGUGCACGCGGUCCUGGGCUUCGGCUGCACCGCCCACUACGCGGCGCGCUUCGCCCUCUACUUUGCGGGCCAGGCGGACAUGGGCUUCUCGGCGGGCCUCCCGACCCUGGCGUGGCUGGCCCCCCACCUGGCGCUCCAGCUCUCCGGCUUCCACUUCCGCAUGCCCCGCCGCAGGAGCCCCGAGGGCUCCCGGCAGUGGCCGGAGUAUCGGUGGCAGGCCUUCGUCUACGUGAUCUGCUGCCUCGGCCUGAUGCUGCUGGUGUGGGCGCAGCGCGCAACUGGACGCGAGAUAUUCGGCGCGGUCGAGGGGCUGGUCUUCCUUCGGCUCCCCUGGUAUCUCUCCGAGGCCGUCAUUCGGCACUUCUCGGCGCUCGGGGAGUACACACCCACCUUUAGGGCCAUUCGGGUCCCGCCCUUCAUGACCUACCUGCUCUGCGCCUCCCAGUUCCCGGUCACGUCGCAGAUCCUGGCCGGGGGCGCAAGGCGCUUCGCGGGCAUCUUCGCCAAUCUGUUCGUGCUCCAGUUCACCGCCUUUGCGAUGACGCUGCAUCGCAAGCGGAAGGUCCCGCAUUGGGUGGUGUCGAUAAUCUACCCCACGAUUCUGAACAUGGCUGCUUUCAUCAACAUGCGAGAGGCAGUCGAGCUGGGAUACCUGUGGCCCAUGCUUGCAGUGGCAAACACUGCGGCUCUUCUCCGAAUGGAGCUGAGAUGCUCCAAGUAUUUUGUAUGGGCUAUUGGUGCGUGCCUGUUGAGAUGCCGAUCAAUGCUAGACCAGACUUGGUGGAUUGUUCUCACCGGCCUUACACUUGCUGUGAUUCUCGUCCAGGCAUUCAGGGCGUCUUCCACAGGAAGAUUCAAGGAAGAGAUUGCUGCGCGACCGCUCGGUGCCCAGUACAGCGAGAGGCCAGAGGACGAGGUCAGCCCAGCUCUGUCUUAGCGUCUGGUCGUGCUCCUGUGCGCUGCUCAAGCUCAGUCGCCCCCCCAGGUGCUCCUCUCGAGGGCGACGAAGCUCAGGCCGACCACCGCCCGUGCAGAACAUCGCGGCGCGGGGUUUCCCUCCCUCCCCCCCUCCCCUCUAUUCACCCGUGUGUCUCUCUUUCCUUUUUUUUUGUCCUUUCUUUU